AUGGAGUCCUGUCCAGGAUACCUCACAAAGCCCUGGACAGGUUCCAGUAUGUGCAGAACUCAGCUGCCAGGAUUGUUCCCCACACCGGACCCUGGCAGCACAUCAUCCCCACCCUCACCCACCUUCACUGGCUCCCAGUCAAACUCCACAUCUCGUCUGCUCACCAUCCCUCAUACCUGUCUGCGGUUCUUUGAGGACAGAGUCUUCGGUGUAGCAGUUUUCUCUCAUGUCUAUGGAGAAAAAACACUCCUAAAAACCCACCAGUUCAUCAAGGCCUUUGAACAGUACCAUCUGAAUAACUCAGCUUACGGGCCGUUUGGACAAGGGCUUCCACACCCGCACAGCAACCACAGCACAGUGGGACUGAACAAAUAUACCUCCCUUAAAGCUGUGGCGGACAGUGCUUCUCGUAGCUACUACAAGAGCUUCCCGCUCAUGGACUUCUCCCACUACCAGCCUGUAGCGCCUCCUGCCUUCCAGCCCAUUCAUCCAAAAGAGAAGUCGUACAUCCACCAACCCCUGCCAGCACACCACGACAUCCACGCCCCCCUCGCGAUCUCAAUCCCUUCCAGCCACCUCGAGCACUCGCGCCUUCCCAAGACCACCACCCACCCCUUCCUCUCCAGCUCAGCCUUCAAAGCCUGGGAGCCAACCGGCCGCCACGUCCACAGGCAGACCUCGGCACCGGGACAUACGUCCUCCUCUGUGCACAGCUCCGCCCGGAGACAUGCCUACUCAGCCCGGAGGCAGCAGAGCAUAGAGAACAUGCCAGAUCUUUUUAAUCAACCCUAUGGAGGGAUGUAUGGGGGAGCAGGGCAGGGACAGCAUAUGCAGGGGCAACAUGUACCUCAACCUUAUUACCACCACACCAGGCAGAAGAGCUACUCCACUCACAGUACAACUGAGGUGACCGUCUGA